GUUCGAACUGUUCUGCUAAGUAGAACAACAAUAAUCUACCCCACGUCUCAUGCAUAUAUACCCUUAGACUCCAGUUCGCAAUGCUUAAUUUACUGCCUACUACUCUUCGCUUCUUACUUGGCUCACUACUUUGGCUCGACGUCCCUCAGCCACCCGCUGUUCAGCAAGCACACUCUUCGUUGUCCUUCCAGCUGCGGCACCAGCAUGCUAUAACUAAUGAUUCCCGGGUGAUCUUCUCCAACACAAUUCCCUCAUUUGCCGCAGAUCCAUAUACCGUGAGCACCUCGAAUGUCCAAACACACAGGCCGCAAUCGGCGAAGGCAUUUCAUGGCGCCCGACUGCGGUCUAUUAGACAUGAUCAGAGCGAGCACGUGUUGUGGGACACAAACGACGUCCUUGGGCCGAACAUCGAAGAUAGAGAGGCACUGCUCACACUUGCGAAGAUGACCUCUAAUGCAUACACAACAUCUACUGCAUCAGACUGGUACACACUGGAAGGCUGGAAUAAUUCCACGCCGUUUGGUUGGGAACCUGACGCAGAUGGACUUCGAGGGCAUGUCUUUGUCUCGGACGACAACUCGACAGUGGUGCUUUCGAUUAAGGGCACUUCCGCUGGCUGGAUUACGGGUGGUGGUGGCCCAACCGUACGGAAGGAUAAAUUAAACGAUAACCUUCUGUUUUCUUGCUGUUGUGCAAGAGUUGGUCCAACUUGGUCGACAGUUUGUAAUUGCUAUCAGGGUAGUCGUAGGUGUGACCAAGAAUGUCUGGAGAAAAGUUUGAUCGGGGAGAGCUUAUAUUAUUCUGUUGGAGUGAAUUUAUAUAAUAACAUCACGUAUAUGUAUCCCAAAGCCAAUAUCUGGCUCACAGGGCAUUCUCUGGGUGGCUCCCUCGCCUCACUUAUUGGUGUGACUUUUGGAGCACCCGUCGUUGCAUUUGAGGCUCCCUCCGAGAAAUUAGCUGCGACACGUUUGCACCUGCCUUCUCCUCCCUCGACUCAGCACGUCACGCACGUCUUCCACACAGCUGAUCCUAUCCCAAUGGGCGUCUGCACCGGUGUUACAUCGUCAUGUGGCAUCGCGGGUUAUGCCAUGGAGACGCAGUGCCAUUUGGGCAAGGUUAUACGCUACGAUACCGUCGCUCACCUCGGGUGGUCUGUUGACGUGCGGACACACUCGAUUGUUCAAAUCAUUGACAGGUUGUUGGGUGAGGAUUGGACUCAGGAGGAGGGUAGGACGGUGCCUGAGGCAAAGGCGGACGAGGAUUGUGUUGAUUGCUACGACUGGGAGUUUGGAAGCUUCAAGGGCUAGAGCUAAUUUCAGUACAGGAAGCUACGACAUGAGAGAAACUUUCACAUACGACGAAUAACUAUUUUUUUUUGGCCUGAACAAUUGCCAUCAGCACCCUCACCGGACAGGGGACUUUGUGCGUUCAAUAUCAAACCUGAAAGACCCCGCUGCACAUGCACUGUAACUCUAUCGCCCCAUCCUCUUAUUGUCGGCAGGCUUCUUUGGAGCGGAUUCUCUUUGCCUCCGGGAUUACGGGAAUCGAGUAACGUCCGAGUGAUGAUAGGUAAAUGAAACUUAGAUAGAGCUGGACUGGUUGCACAAUUUUCCGAAUAAUUUUGCAAUCAGCUAUAGGAGCAUUUCAAAGCUGAUUCAGAGCAGUAUUGAUUUCAC